AUGCGACCAUCCAAUUGCCCACACUGUGUAGCCCUCCAGGUACCGGUCCGCACGCAGGUGAACCCCGUCAGAUCGCCCUCGCGGGCGCUGGCGGGCUGCGGCAUACGGCCCUCGGAUGAGGGUCCGGACCCCGCGGACACGCCGACGAACGGCGGCUCCCGCGGGGCGGCUCCCCAGGUGUCUAUGUUUCGGGACUGGCUAGCAGCCAACGAUCCACAGACCCCGUCGGUGCCCGGGACCAGAACGGCCCCGGGACUUCAGACACCACUAACCAUGGGCCAACCUCGGGCAUAUUUAAGCCGGCGGUCGCCAGGGCCCGUGGGUAGCACAACGCACACUGCGAGCUCUCGGGGACACGGGCGUACCCAGAAACUGGGAUACUCCUAUCACCGUUGA